CUUGGUUUACCAUGCUAUAAAUGCUGGGUCAUAUGUUUCCAUUGGCUUGGCGAGGAUAAGUUCCCUUUAGUCAAAUCACUUGCGUCGGAAUACUUUCAGUUCAGUGAACUUGUUGAUUUUAGAGCAGCGAGAAAAAAGGAAUAGAGACUCUGCUCGUUGCAUCAAUCUUUGUAUGCAGGAAGUUCAUUGCUUUGCUGUUUCAUGCUCGCUAUCUUAUUUAUGCAGGUUCUACCAAAGAACUUUUCUUGGUUUUUCAUAGUUCCGGAUAAAAUCUAGAGUUCUCGUUUGGAGAAGAGUUUCAAGCGCAAACUGUGGUAUCAUUCACAGUUGCUCCGGAUUCUUUUCGGUUAAAUCAUUUGUGCACGAUUCUUCUCACCAGCUCACUAACCUUUUUAUUGUCAUACACAAUAUUAACAAUAUAAUCGGGGUGUGGGUUCUCCUUCAAUCGAACAUUUAUGAAAUUUAGUUGUUAAUUUAGAUGAGCCAGCUAUUCCUCCCCGUAGAUAGCUACUAACUGAGCUUUCUUUGUUGUUGAAAAUUGAUAUUUACUAUCGGGUCGAUGUACACCUUACUUGUAUAUGUAGAUAGAUAGAUAAAUACACACAUAUAUCUUCCGCUUGAAGGAGGGAUAAAGUUGAUUCGAGUGUUUGUUGGCCAAACAUGAAUUUAUUCUUUCCUACUUUCUUUACCUUCUAUGCAUUGAUGGGCCCCCUAAAUUUUGGUUAGAGAAGAGAACAACUUUUGCAUCAAAAAUGAAAUGAUCAGCAUUCUAUCUCUGGGGCAUAGAACAAGUGAAAAUGAAACCCGUUGGGGAGAGGGGGGCGGUUGUCUAUUUAUGGAUUGCUGCAUGCCGUCGUUUUUACUUAAUUCACUAUAUCGCUAACUUAGCUUCUUUAUUUCCACCGAUUUCGAACUAACCCAGGGAAUUUGAAGGGUAAAUCCUCUUUCGUAAAGGCUCACCGGUUGAAGUCACAUCGUCCUCUUCAAUCGCGAUCUCUUCAGCGGCGAAUUAGAUUCAGAAUGGCAACUUAAUAGCAGUUUUAUCAGCUGCUUCGGUGCAUGGAUUGGAAUAAAUGAAGCCCCAACUCGAAGUUGUUCUCUCUUUUGCAGUUUGCUUGAUCUUGCUUCGAUGCUCACUUUGUGAUCAACAAUCUGAUACUUCUGGCCAUAGCAAGUGGGAAUGUAGAUGUUCUUUCCAAGGGAACCAGGACUCUAUUGCUAACUGUUCUACGUCCUGUGAUUGUCGUUCAGAUGCGAAAGAGAGUGCUUCUAUAUGGACAUGCAUGUGUGAUCCCAACGGGUUUCCUAAAGUGGCAGCAGACGAACAUGGUCCUAAUUGUUUUACAGCCUGCAACUGCACCUGGGGAUCUCUCACCAUGUCACGAGACUCAAAGAAACACAUAUCCAGCAGGAUUAUAAUAAUCAUUCUAUUAGCAUGCGUUGUAUGUACAACUAUUGCAUUUCUUGCCUCGUUCACAUGCUAUGUCUGCUGGAAGGAACGAUGUCCUAUUCAACCGCCUAUAUUCUCAUCAGAUAAGGAAACGAGUUGCAAUAGUACCACCAACCUAAUUAGUAACAGGACUUCAUCAGUUCUAGAAACAAAAAUUGCCAUAAAUUCUCCCAUUAAUAAUAUUACAGGGUGCUUUAAGAAGGCCUCCUUCUUGUUUGCGAGCAGAACAGAGACUUUCUAUGGCAAAAUUAUUCAAUUUUCAUUUGCUGAAUUGGAAAAUGCAACUGAAAACUUUUCAGCUUCCAAUCUUAUUGGACUAGGUGGAAGUAGCUAUGUAUAUCGCGGUCAGCUGAAAGAUGGUAGUAAUGUGGCAAUUAAGCGACUAAAAUCUCAAGGAGGGCCUGAAGCCGACUCUGUAUUUUCAAUAGAGAUCGAACUAUUAUCUAGACUCCAUCAUUGCCAUCUUGUGCCUUUACUUGGAUACUGUUCAGAACUAAAAGGGAAACAUGUUGAAAGGCUACUAGUAUUUGAGUACAUGGCCAAUGGCAAUUUGAGGGACUGUUUGGAUGGAGUUUCUGGGGAAAUUAUGGAUUGGGCUACUCGGGUUACAAUUGCAAUAGGCACUGCAAGGGGCUUGGAAUAUCUCCAUGAGGCGGCUGCUCCAAGAAUUCUGCACAGAGAUGUCAAAUCGACUAAUAUUCUUCUGGAUGAAAAUUGGCAGGCAAAAAUAACUGACCUUGGUAUGGCUAAAAACUUGAGAGUUGAUGAACCCCCAAGCUGUUCAAAUUCUCCAGCAAGAAUGCAGGGGACGUUUGGCUAUUUUGCACCUGAGUAUGCAAUAUUUGGAAGAGCCUCUGCUAAGUCUGAUGUCUUCAGUUUUGGUGUGGUUCUUCUUGAGCUCUUGAGUGGUCGGCAACCUAUCCAUAAAUCCACGGGCAAAGAAGAAAGCCUGGUUAUAUGGGCUACACCUCGCUUGCAAGAUAGUAAGCGAGUAGUAACAGAGUUGGCCGAUCCGCAUUUGAAUGGAAACUACUCUGAAGAAGAAGUGCAGGUAAUGGCAUAUUUAGCCAAGGAGUGUUUGCUGCUGGAUCCUGAUGCUAGGCCAACCAUGAGGGAAGUUGUUCAAAUUCUUUCGACAAUAUCACCAGAUAAAUCUAGGAGGAGAAUAAACAUUCCAGUGAGCCUUUUUCAGGAUGCAGAAAAUCAAAUGCAAGCUCCAUCUAGUGAAUCUUCGAAUCAAAAUUCAUUGCCAUUAGGUAUCAACCACAAUAUGAAUGUUGGGAACAAAAAUGAAGAAGUAGAAACAGUUUCAUCUGAGUACAUGGAGAGUUUGAUCCUUUUGACUUCUGAAAAAGAGGGUCGGCAUGGAUCAGAUGAUGAAACCGUAGACCUAACUGAGCCUCGGUUCGAAUCAUUUUGCCUGACAAACAGCAAUUCUCCUUGAAAACUUACACCUUCCAACAGGGUAUAUUACACAGAGCGACUCGGUUUUGACUUGUUUAUCUGAAUUUUUCCACUCUUUUGAAAGAAGGAAAGCACAUAGAGGUGUGCUGUUAGGGAAGCACAGAAAUAUUUUCGUGGUUUUCUUAUCUUGCACAGAAAAGCACAUGAGAUUCCGAUUCUGCUUUAUUUAUGAGAGGGAUCGGACGAGAUGCUCAUACAAGCUCACUAGAAGGUUUGUUUUGAUUUUGGUCAUAGGAACUUGUAUAUUUGAAGUGAUAUAUUUGUUUUGAUGGAAGAAGAAAUAAGAUUGAGGUGGUGGGAGCAUUUCGCAUCUCCCACCAGAAAACGGAACGUA